GCUGGGUGGGGCAUUUAGGUUAGCUGUAAGACCUACACGAUGAUUCUCCAAAUGCAAAUCACCCGCCUCCAACACGUCUCUCUUGUGCAUGAGGAAGGGUUUCUGUGUAUGCCCGCAAUAUCAAGUGUCUAUUUGGUUAUGCCGUCAUCGGUACGCAUUAUUCAAUGCCUAAUGCCUCUAGACUGAUCAUCCGCGAUGUUCAUUCUUGGUUGUCUGGUUUGCAAGUCUGGUUCUGAUUUCUGCUGCAUGAUCGGAUGUUUGGUUGGCGUUGAAUUUUCGGUCUUGCAUUGGUUAAGGCAGUUUAGCCUUGGUUACCCUUUGCAAGUUGGAUCCCGGAUGUUUACGUCGUCUUCAUCGUUACCCUCCACCUGCCUCAUCGCCUCCUUUUUUCUUAUCUCUGUAUUUACCGGCUCGCUUCAAAUCAAGAGGCUUCGACUUCCUGUCGGGGCCGUCGCCACGCUACCCUUGACGCAUUCGCUCACACACAAGUCAAGCAUCGGGUUGACGGCACACUGGAAGGGCUGCUUGUGCCGCUGUGGCCUUGCUUGGGAAUAAACAUGAUCUGAUGCUCAGGUGGAGACUGGAGCGCUGACUUUUGGACGGGUGGCGGAACGAGACAUCACAGAAGAGACGCAAAAAGAU